AAGUUCUUUAUCCCGUGGGAGGCUUUGGCCUCUCUCUUUCUCAAUCAAUCUCGUUCAUAUGUAAAUAUCUCCCACAUGACCAAAACCAAAAUACAGAUACAUUCUUAUUCACCCCCUCACUCAACCUCAAUUCUUCUUCUUCAUCCAUCUGUUUUUUACCUUUGGAUCCUUUCUUUCACCUCUUUGUUGCAUCUCUCACUUUGCUCUUCCACCAGGAGAGCGAAGAUGUCAGAUUGUAACAGAGGCCAAGACUAUCUCUCUGCUCAACAGCAUGAGGCACCAACGACUGCCGACAAGUAUGGAGGACUAGCACCAAAGAAGAAGCCUCUGAUUUCAAAGGAUCAUGAACGUGCCUACUUUGAUUCAGCAGAUUGGGCACUAUGCAAGCAAGGUGCUGGGGUGAGCCCAAAAUCAACAGCGUCAGUGGAGACCUUACAACCAAAACUACAGAGAACGCCACACCAGCAGCUUCCUCCAAGGAGACCGGCUUGUACUACAUCUGGUUAUGAUAGCCUUGGGGCAUAGAUUCAGGUGUUGAUGAAGAGCUGAAAGCAUGCUGUGUUGAGAGCAGAGAUGCUCAUGAAAAAGGCUUUUCUAUAUCCAUUAGAUCUGGCUAGUUGAAUUCGGAAUAAUUGCGAAUUAGCUUGUCUUAAUAAUAAGAGUAAUCUUCUCUUCUUGUUGUUAAA